AUGGGUAACGGCGAUUUAAAUCUAUUAAAGUCAUGGAACCCCAAGCUUGUUAAGAACAGAGCCAAAGUUUGGCAAAAGGAACAAGAGAAAUUAAAUGAAGAAGCGUUGAUUAAGAAGAAAUUGGCAGAGAUUAAUAAAGAAAAGGAGCUGGCAUCAUUAGUAGGCGAAACUAAAAAAGAUAAUCGUAUGGAUUGGAUGUAUAAAUCUGAUGCUAAUAUAGCCAGUGAGUUAAAGAAGGAUUAUCUUUUAGGUAAGAAAAAACUGGAUAAAAAUGUAAUCAAGACUCAAAAAAACCCAUCGAGGAAAAAAUGA